ACCCGAAGCACCUCGUCAUCUCUCCUCUCCUCUCCCUCGACUUCCCUCCUCUCCUCUGUGGAAACUGCAGCAAGACCCAGUAUGAACGCGCUGUUCGGUGGCAGCAAAGGUUCAGACGAUAACAACAACGACAACAACAACAACAACAACAACAACGAUAACAACAACGACAACGGCGUUAACGAUUCGCAGGUGACCGGCACCAUUCCCACAACACAGGUCAUGGCAAAACCGGCAAGCAUGCUCUCCAAGGCGCGCGCCUUCGUCGACGACCAGCGCAAGACGCUUGCGCCCUGGACAGAGUUUGCUGCCACCCCAAGCAACCCAAAGACCCUCGCAGAAGCGACAAAGCGCGUCAUGCACAACGUGUCCAAGUUCCGGUCAAACUACAUUGUGGUCACUAUGAUCUUGGCGGCGUACGCCCUGAUCACAAGCCCCAUGCUGCUGUUUAGCAUCAUGCUUGUGUACGCCGGCCUUGCGUUUGCCUCCAUGCGAGCAGAGGCCGGGCCCGUCAUCAUCUUCGGCAAGGAGUACACGUCACAGGAUCUCACACGCGCCACCCUAAUCCUCGCGGUGCCGUUGCUCUACUUUUCCUCGGCCACCUCAACCCUCUUCUGGCUCAUUGGCGCUUCGCUGUUUGUCAUCUUGGCGCACGCAGCCGUUGUUGCUGUGCCCGCGCCAGAGCAGCUCCAGCAGUCUGCAUAACCAUUGCACAUCAGCACAGACCAUCACCCACCACCAUUAAUACCAUUCACCCCUCUGCUGGUCCCAUUCGCCAUCUCACCUGUACCACCACCAUCAUACUUGCACCAUCACUCCCCAAUUUGGGAAGAUGCUGGUAUCUCGCGUCAUGGCACUUCAAGUUCUUCAUUGGCGCCUAUGUACACACGCGCACGUUGUAAAAGAGACAGAAAGCAACGACAACCAAGCAAGGUGCAAAGGAAUCAUAACAAUAACAAAUGCGUCUAAGAUGCCCCCCC